GUGACCAAAUUCUUCACUUUGCUAGUCAUCUUGCAAUUUUAUAAUGUAUUGGAAAACUAAAAUUUUUUAGGUCCACUCAAUUUUAUAGUAUUAAACAACAAUUUGACUUAGCUUUUUGGUUAUAAAUCAAUUAUAUAAUUGUCUUACUAACUACAAUUAACUAUAUAAGUAUAUAUAUUAUCUGGGUUUAUGAUGCAAUGGAAGCUGACUGAGAAUGAUACUUCCCUCCCCAUACUCAACAUGAAGAAUUUUGGCAGUAAUUACCAGAAAUUCCAUUCCUUUCUAACUUUAGUGGUUUUGGCAAUUUUCUUGAUUUCUUCCCUUGUAUGCACUUUCUUUAAUGAAAAUGUUAAGUUCAUUGCAUUCAAAUAUUUUUCAACACCUAAACUCCAAGAAAUGGUCCAAGAAAUCUCAGUGAUUCAAGAAACCCACAAGAAAGGCCAUGAUCAUCAAGAAACUGUAUUGCCUCUAGAAGGCUGUGAUAUUUUUACAGGAGAGUGGGUUUUGGAUAAAAAGACACAUCCCUUAUAUAAAGAAGAUGAAUGUGAGUUUCUUUCUGAAUGGGUGACCUGUUUAAAGAAUGGAAGGGAAGAUUCUUUAUAUCAGAACUGGAGAUGGCAACCCAAAGAAUGUUCUUUGCCCAAGUUUGAGGCAAAAUUGUUGCUAGAGAAACUUAAAGGAAAGAGGCUUAUGUUUGUUGGAGACUCUAUACAUUAUAAUCAGUGGCAGUCUUUGAUUUGUAUGGUUCAAUCUGCCAUUCCAAUAGGGAAGAAGAGCUUAGACUAUUCAAACUAUACUACUGUCUUCAAAAUUGAGGACUACAAUGCCACUAUAGAGUAUUACUGGGCACCAUUUCUAGUUGAGUCCAAUUCAGACCCUCCAACAAUGAGAGAUGGCAAAUCAGACUCGGUAAUAAAGGUUGAAUCAAUAACCAAACAUGGAAAUAACUGGAAAAAUGUGCACUAUCUAAUCUUUAACACUUACACCUGGUGGCUAAAAUAUCCGACCAUCAAAGCAUUACGAGGAUCGUUUGAUGAAGGGGCCAUAGAGUAUGAUGAGAUCCAACGGCAUAUAGCGUAUGAGAAAGUUUUGAGGACAUGGGCCAAGUGGGUAGAGGAAAAUGUUGAUCCUAAUCAUACCUCUGUUUUUUUCAGCAGCAUGUUUCCUCAACAUCUCAGGAGCUCAGACUGGAAAAACCCAGAUGGAAUUAAUUGUUUUGAGGAGACUAUGCCAAUUCUAAACAUUUCAACGCCAGUGGAUGUGAGCACAGACAAACAAGUUUUUGCAAUUGCUAGAAAUGUGAUUGAAUCGAUGAAGAUACCAAUUCACUUCCUCAAUAUAACAACCCUAUCAGAGUAUAGAAAAGAUGCACAUACUUCUAUUUACACUUCUCAUGGUGGUAAAUUACUUUCACCUGAACAAAAGUCCAACCCUGCAAUUUAUGCAGAUUGUCUUCAUUGGUGUCUUCCUGGAUUGCCUGAUACUUGGAAUGAGUUGCUUUACGCAGACAUUAUAAAACAAUCUUGAGUUAAUCCAAUAUAUAACUUUUCUUUUUCUUUGAGUAUUAAGAAGGGAGAUUUUUAGAUUAGCA